UGUGUGUGUGUGUGUGUGUGUUUUUUUCCCCCCUCAUUUUCGUUGCACGAACACACGUCAUAACCGCACGCGUGUUUCUUUAAAACAAAAUUAUUUUGGAAUUGAGUAAAAAAAAAAAAGAAAAAGAACGUUGCCUUUGUUUUGUGAAACGAAAAACUCAUCAACUUCAUUCGACUGGACUGUGUGCUACUCUCUCAACGUGCGUGAUCGAAUCCAGCCAGUGUCUUCAUCUUUUUUUUUUUCUUCUUCUUCAAUUCCGGUGGUGAAACAAUUCGAAUUCAAUUUUCCUUUUUGAUCGUUUAAAAAGAAAGAAAAAAAAAAAAAAGAAAAAGGGAAAUGUUUUUAACUGAUCAUUUUUUGUUCGAACAAUAAGUGAAGUGCAAGUGAAUCGACCUGUUCGUCAAAUGAUGGAAUACAGUUGAAUUGGAAUUAGAACGUUUUUCUAAACAAACUGAUUUGUUUAAACAACUCUUUAGUGCGUUGUGUGUCUUUCGAAAUUCGAAACAUUUGAAAGAAGUGCGUGCAAGUGUGGGCAUUUCGAUUAGAAAUCGACAACAAUUUUGCAAUCCGUCGGCGCUUACAAACUUGUCUUGUUUUUGUGUGUUUGUCUUUAUUUUCCAUUUCCUUGUUCAGUGAAUUCAAAAGUCCAGUAUUGCGCUGUGGCGAAUAAUUAACAUGUCGCGAAGGAAACAAGCGCGUCCCAUCCGGCACCUGGACGACGAGGACGGUCCGGACGGCGUUGCGUCAGUUCUCGACGGUCAGGAAGAUGACGUCGAGGCCUCGACCACCAACACAGGAGCCGCAGAUGAUGGAGCACCGGACGAUCGAAUGAACAACAACAACGAGAAGCGAGGGAGGCGGAGAAAGAGGGACGAGGAAGAAGAAGAAAUGAUGACGGCCAGCGAUGAAGACGACCAAGAGGCCGUCAGCGACAUCGACGAUGAUGAAGAAGAAGAGACUGAAGAUCUGCCGGCCAGGCUGAAAAAACAGACACGCGAAAGGGACGUCCUGCUGGCCACAUCAGCUGCUCUCAUGAACGAAGUGGCCAUGACGGACAAAGCCCUCAAUCUGCCGUUCGCGGCGGCCAGUCAAGCAGCUCUAGGCACAGCUGGAUCGUCUGAUCCAGCAGCCGCCCAGCUUCCGUUCCCAUAUGCGGCUACGCUGGCGAAUGCCAACGUGACGUUGGAUGCGCUCCAAAGUACGAAGAUGGCCAUCGCCCAGUUCGCCGCCACAGCCAUGGCCAACAAGGAUUCACAGAGCCCAGCUGCUAUCCAAGAGCUGGCCGUUCUUCAGUCAACGCUCUACGCUUUGCAACAGCAGCAGAUUAUGCAACUGCAAUUGAUCCAGCAACUGCAGCAACAGUUGCAGAUCAACAACCAAGCCGAACAAGCGGCCGCAGUUCCAGCAGCGGCCAGUUCGGCCGCACCCGCCGGCCCUAUGAUCAGCCAAUUGGCCGCGUCCGGCAGGGAGGGCGGAAUGGCCAAUCUGAUGGGAUUCGUGGCCAAUCAUCAACACGCCAACAGCCUAGAGGCUCACGAAACGGACCCUGGGACAGCAGUCAGAGCCUCCAGCGGAAGCGAGAACAGUUCGCGCACUUCGACUCCAGCGGCCCGUCCUCGCGAUAGCGGACCUUCUGGGCAAGCCGAACUGCACGGCCGGAGCGCUUCAGCAGCUGCGCAAUCACCGCGGGCCAGUGGGAAGGACGUCCGCCGUUCGCGGGAAGAUCAUCUCGUCCCAUCGUCCACAACGGCCAAGAUUCUUCCGGCCCAGUCGGCGCCAUUGACAUCCAACGUAACAACAGCGACAGCAGUGACGUCCAGCUCGUCGUGGACAAGUUCAGUUUACUCUCACAACACCUUCUCGACGGCCAGCCUCAUGUCGCAAUUGCCCGGCGGAUCGCUGGCCGACACCAUCCUGCAGACGUCCGAGCCUCCGACCAAUCCGGAAGGGCCCAGCACGCUGGAUCUCCUACAGAGGACGGCCCAGCAAGUGUUGAACAACGCAUCACAAGGACUGCUAGCCACCAACCUGGCCGACGAGCUGGGCUUCCGCAACGGACUGGGAGGAUCGGCCGGAGGCGGCCAUUCGGGCAGCGGAUCGAACGGCCCGGGCGACGGCGGUUGCGGCAACGGUUCCAGCGGUGGCAAGAAAGAUCAACUUUUCAAGCACCGUUGCCGCUAUUGCGGAAAAGUCUUUAGCAGCGAUUCGGCUCUGCAAAUUCACAUCCGGUCGCAUACUGGCGAGCGGCCGUUCAAGUGCAACAUUUGUGGUAACCGGUUCACCACCAAGGGCAACCUCAAAGUUCACUUCCAGCGACACGCCCAACGGUUCCCGCACAUCAAGAUGAACCCACACCCAGUGCCCGAACACCUGGACAAAUUCCACCCGCCGCUUUUGGCUCAACUGGACAUGGAUGAAUCGAAAAUGUCUCCACCUCCGCCACCUCCACCGCCGGCCGGGCCGCAUCACCACCAUCAUCACCAUCACAGUUUCCUGCCGCCGUCAUCGUCGUCCAUCUCGGUCAGUCACGCGGGCCAUCAUCAGCAUCAUCCGGCCCAGUCCAGCAGCCUCUUCCGUUCGGCCCCCGUCGUGCCCGUGUCCAAUUCGUUUCUGUUCCGUCCGCACUCGCUCGGCGAUCUGAUGCCGGCCGGCAUCCGCCCCAUGUUCCCACCUCUGAUGGCCUUGCCUCCGAUGCCCAAAGAAACGGAGCCGGCCAAGGAAGUAGCGGCCGAAUCGUCGAUGGAAAGCAAGGCCAAAGAAACGGAACGGCCCGAAUCGCCCAUCAAAGCGGACGCCGUCGUCAAAAUCGAACGACAAGACGACGACAACGAGGCCGAUAACGACACCAACGAGCAAAGGGAAACGGAUUCGCCCGUUGGCGAUGGCCGGGAAUCAUCGGCCGGAACGCCGCAACCUCCGGUGGAAGAGAGCGGAAAAAACGGCGAAACGGCCGAUGAGAACAACGGGGGUACCGGCCGCAAUUUGGAUCAUUCCGUCGACGAUCGAUCGUCAUCCGCUAGCCAACAGGAUGAAGCCGUCCGUCCGUCGAUGGACGAUCGCAUGAAAUGCAAAUUGAUCAGCCACAAACCUUACGAUGAUCUGGAAGACUCCGACGAUAACGUCGAUGAUGACAUGGACGACGAGCCGGUCAAUAAAGAGCACAACAACAGCACGGACGGGCCGGAAAAUCUGUCCGGCCGUAGAUCGAACAGUCCUCUAUCAGACGGAGCUGAAGGAUCUCCUCCGCCAGCCGGGGUAGGCAACGGAUCGCUGCUCUUCCAGCAGCACUCGUCCAACAAUUCCGAAGUGGACAGUCCGGCCAACUCGGGAUCGCAUCGCUUCGCUUCGUUCCCUUCGCAGGGCAUGGCCAACGGCGGCCAGCCUCCGCCCGGUUUCAUGCUUUUACCUUCCGAUGUCGAUCCGGCUAAAGAUCCGGCCAUCUACACCAACUUGCUCCCAAGACCGGGAUCGAACGACAACGCUUGGGAAAGUUUGAUUGAGGUCACCAGAACGUCUGACACGGCUAAACUUCAGCAAUUGGUCGACAAUAUUGAGAACAAGUUGGUAGAUCCCAACCAGUGCGUCGUUUGCCAUCGGGUUCUUUCCUGCAAAUCGGCCCUUCAGAUGCACUACCGGACGCACACGGGCGAAAGGCCGUUCAAGUGCAAAAUUUGCGGUCGGGCAUUCACGACCAAAGGCAAUCUCAAGACUCAUAUGGGCGUCCACCGAGCCAAACCGCCUGCCCGUCUCCUCCACAUUUGCCCAGUUUGUCACAAGAAGUUCACCAAUGGUCUCGUCCUGCAGCAGCACAUUCGUCUGCACACUGGCGAGCCGACCGAUUUGACUCCGGAGCAGAUCCAAGCGGCUGAAUUGCGCGAUCCGUUCCCUCAUCCUGGUUUCCCAUUCCUUCCGGCUGGAUUCCAUCCAUUUUUGCAUCAUCAAUCGCCGUUCCUCCAUCACCAUCCGGGCUUCGCCGGACUGCAACAAGGGCCCGACGGAUUGCCCAUCGGAUUCCCGUUCAAUUCGCGCGGCCUUCAAGACGCCAAGGACGCCAACGGUGUGCUGAUGGGCGAGCACAGGGACGGCGAUAACGAUAUGGCCGACAUGGCCGGCGAUGCCGAGAUGGGCGGAAGCUCUUCCGAGGCUCUUUCGCCCACUUCGUCCACGACCUCGUCUCAACAGCAUCAUCAUCCGGGCCUGUUGGGUCUGCAAUUACAGCACCAACUGCAGCAGAGGAUGCAAGCGGCCGGCGGGCAAGCCUUGAGCGACGAAGAGCGCCAUCAAUUGAUCAUGGCUCAAAUCAGCCGGGCCAAUGCGGAAUUCUUCCGCAAAUAUCAACAAGAUUUCGCCGAUAUGACGAUGAUGGACGACGACGAAGACGACGGUGACGAUGAAGAUGGCGAAGAAGACGAAGAGUCUUCGCUCCAUCAGGACGAACAGGCGAGCGAACUGGACUCGCCCGAGCGUCAGAUGGCGUCGCCCAGCAACGAACGCGCUAAGAUCAUGCGGAGUAAUUUGAUUAAAAGCGAGAAGAUGUCGAGCGCCGAUGAAGCGUCCACGGCCGAGCAGAUACGUCAGCAACAAUUGCAACGUCUACGUCAGUUUGAAUUUUCGCCGACUCGCUCUUCGACGCCGGGCGAUAAGCCGCCGGCCAAUAAGAAGAUGCCGGUCAGUCAUAGCCCGACGAUGAGCGCGUCUGUUCCGCUACCUCCGCCACCGACUCCGCCGUCUAAACCGACGUCGACGGUCGGCCAACAUCGUCCGUCUACUUCUCCGCUGGAUUUAACGGCCGCCCGCGGAGGCCCACCCCUGUUCGCUGGGCCAACGUCUUCUUCGUCUUCUGCUCCCAUCGCAUUGCCAUCAACGACCUUCGUUCCGUCUGCUUUUAACAUGCAACAAUCAGGCGGGGGUUUGACAGUGUCCAGCGGACUCACCACCGGCACGUCCGUCUCGUUUUCAACAUCAUCCAGCCCGGCCAUCAGCUCCAACACUUCGCCAGCGUCGGCCCUCUCAUCGCUAACGUCGGCCGUCAUGGCAUCGCCAUCAUUCAACCCGCUCAACCUGCCCAUCAGCGCUCCAGGCCGUGGAAACACCACAUGUAACAUUUGCUUCAAGACGUUCGCUUGUCACUCCGCCCUCGAGAUCCAUUACCGCAGCCACACCAAAGAGCGGCCAUUUAAAUGCGCCAUUUGUGACCGAGGAUUCUCCACUAAGGGCAAUAUGAAACAGCACAUGAUGACGCACAAGAACCGCGACGGAACACCUAUCUCUGUUGAGUUGCUCAACAGUGUUAAUGCCGAUCGUUCGCGCUCGAGAUCGUCUUCGUGUUCCGUUAAGGACUCGUCGAACAAGAGCAACUCUUCGGAUGAUUUCAAUCUGCAUCACAACCAGCACCACCUACCCCCACCGCCUCCACCGCCGGCCGGUGGGCAGUUCAACGAUCGACGCACGUCAGCCAAUAACAACCUGGCCGCUAUGAUGAUGUUGAACCCGACACCAGCUGCCCUCAAAGAGCAUUGCCUCUCGUUGACAAUCCAACACAGCCACGAUCGCAACGGAGGUCCUCUUCACCACCUGCAUCACGAGAACGGAUUGCCUUUGAAGGAGCAAAACAAUUCCGAGUUGCUAUUGGCAACGGCGCAGCAACAGCAGAUGCAAUUGCAUCAACGGUCCGCCAUGUCGCAUCGCGCUCACUCGUCGAGCGUUCACGCUAAACGGGAGCAGGCUUCAAAUCAACGGCCGACCGAUGAUUCGAGACGUCGCAGACGCUCUUCAGGUAGCAGCGAGAGUAGCAGCAGCAUCAGCCCGGCUAGUCAGUUGGCUUCGGCAGCGACCAGUGCAACUGGAUCGCAACAGCAACAGAUGUUGCAUCAGUCCAGCCCGCCGCCGCCCUAUCGCGUUCACGGAGCUGCACGCAGAUCGGCUCUUCCCGUACCACCGGGACCAUUGCCCGAACGCUAUUGAACUGACCAUCAGAUGGCCUUGGCUCCUGCGAUCUCAUCGAAAUCAUUUUUUCGUCCCGUUUCGUCCCGAACUUUGGAAGCUGCCGAUAAGGUUCACGAAGGCUGGGUGUUUAGGGAAACAGUAUAAACUAUGAUUUUUUUUUUGGCCCCCCUUUCUCUCUGUCCUUCCCCCCCCCCCCCCCCCAUUUCACGUUCACGCACAUCUGGCCCCACCCCCAUACGAGACACAUAUCGUUACCCUUUAGGAAAAAAAAAACAAACAUAUUUUUCUUUUUCGCUCGUUAACAUUGUUGAAGAUGGAUUGAAUGUUUUCAUGUCGUUCGUUCAAUCGGUUCUCCUUUUCAAAAGCUUCACGCAUUAGAGUUACGUGCACCCGUUGAUGUGUGUCCCUCUCUAUUCUCUUUCUCUCGUUUCAUUCCUUUCUAAUGUAAAACACAAAUGUUCAAAUCUCUAUAUUUAUCAAUUUUAGAUUCAUUUCUUUUUUUUUUUUAGAGAUAAACUAAAAAAGAAAACAAAAAAAAAGAUUGGGAUUCAAAUUUUAAUGUUCUCGUGAUGCCGUUUGAUUUGGUGCUGAUUGUAUGAAUGUCCUGCUAUUGAAAAAAAAAAUGUACGGUGUGUUUUAUUUACUGUAAUAUGAAUAACAAAUUGAAAAAUAGUGUUGCUAUUAGAAAAAAAAAAAAGCCUAUGACCCCUCCUGCACAUUUGGCCCAGGGCAUUCACGCACGUUUGUUAGACGAAGGCGAAAUUCAAAUGACGGCCUUCCCUUAUCAUCUAAAUUCUCCCUCUGUUUAGCAUUUCUUUUCUUUUUUUUUUAUAUUUGUUUUCAUCCUUUUCAAAAGUCCAGAAAAUGUAUACAUCUCCAUUAUAAUUGA